UGUACGUGGGCGGGAACAACAAAAUUGGCAGACAGAGGCAACACAACGCCGAAUCGAAUUCGUCCUUUCACAAAGAUUUGCCCCAAAUGUUAUCUCUUUGUGAAUUUAUUAUUCUCAAUCUAUUUCACACUCUGUCUCCGCAUCCUAUUUUGUAAAAAGCCCUCACAGGAUUACAGCAUGAAUAGUGAGGCCAGUCGGAAAGAUAAUCCCCUUACAUUUGCAACAAUCUGGGCCGAUUCUCAAUUACAUUAACAACCGUGACACUUUCGCUUGGCACAAGAUAAUAAAUGAUUCUGUCAUGGAGAAAGGGGCUUCUUUUGGAUUAUUUCGGAGUUGUAUGUUAUUCGCAGUAAUCCUAAUACGCUUUCCCUACUACUGUCAAGGAAAUUGGAUGUGGUUAGGAUCCACGGCCAGUGGAGUUACCGACAAGAUGGGGUGUCUAGGUUUGCCACUUUCAAACAAACAGAAAGAUCUAUGUAAAAGAAAGCCCAGUCUUUUGCCGACCAUUAAAGAAGGAGCACGCAUUGGUAUUUAUGAAUGCCAGAAUCAGUUUAAACACGAGAGGUGGAACUGCUCAAUUACAAAUAACUACUCUGUCUUCGGCUAUGAGCUAACCAGUGGUACGAAGGAGAGUGCCUUCAUCCAGGCGGUGAUGGCGGCGGGACUGGUUCACUCGGUGACCCGAGCCUGUAGCGCCGGGAACCUGACAGAGUGCUCCUGUGACCGGAGCCUGCAGAGCGGCGGCUCCGCCGAUGAGGGCUGGCACUGGGGAGGCUGUUCGGACGACAUCCAGUACGGCGUGGCGUUCAGCAGGAAGUUCAUCCACUCGACAGAGAAACCUUCGAGCCCCGAACUCCCAGGAGAGAAGGAAGCUCGGGAAACCAUGAUCCUGCACAACUCCGAGGCUGGUCGCCAGGCAGUGUCCAAAUUGAUGUCUGUGAACUGCCGUUGUCAUGGAGUCUCUGGCUCGUGUGCUGUGAAGACUUGUUGGAAGACCAUGUCCUCCUUCGACAAAAUCGGUCAAUUUCUGAAACAGAAAUACGAGCACAGCAUCCAGAUCUUAGACAGAUCAAAGAAAAAGUUGCGUCGCAAAGACAAGGUGCAGCGGAAAAUGCCUGUGAACAGGGAAGAUCUGGUACAUAUUAAAAAGUCACCAAAUUAUUGUGUGGAGGAUAAGAAACUUGGGAUCCAUGGGACCCGGGGGAGGCAAUGCAACCGUACCUCACCAGCCGCUGAUGGUUGCAACUUGCUGUGUUGUGGCCGGGGAUAUAACACGCAUGUAGUCCGGCACGUGGAACGGUGCGACUGUAAAUUUGUGUGGUGUUGCUACGUGCGCUGUCGGAGAUGUGAAACUAUGACUGAUGUGCACACCUGUAAGUAGCCGCUAAGCACAAAACAAGGAUAGUUCAUGAAUGGUUUGGGCUAAAUGAACACAUAUUCAGAGUCAAGUGAUAUUAUUUACCUCUAAUGAGCAGUUGACGCAUUACAACACUGAGCAAGCAUAAUUGAAAGGAAUUUAAAUAGACAGGACAUUCGGUUCAGUAGAAAAUAUGUCCAAUAUCCUAUUAUCUGUAUCGGUGAUCUGAGCAAACAUCAAAGGCCAUUUUGUUUGGAGUGACCACAACCAUUGUUAAAAUCAUUUUAGAUGAGCCUUCAAAAGAGCAACAAGGAAAUCUCAGAGAAACAGCAAUUAUACUGAAGUCUUAUAGUAAUAGCAUUUAUAACAGUUCAAACAAUAUAAAGUAGAAAUGCUAACAUUCCACAAUGAACAUCUGAAAAUUAUUAGGUGUCAAUAGUGUAACUAUUAUAAAAUGGUUGUACUAAAUUUGUUCUAGGAUUUUAAAGAUAAUUAAAGAUUCCAAGAAGCUUGCAUUGCCUGCAGUCCCUGGCAUAAUAUUUACCUCUGGAGGAUAAAAUCUUCCAAAUUGUUGUCUGUUCAGAGUUGGAAAUGAAAAUAUGACAUUUACUCAGAGAUGACACUGUAUUUCAGUUGCAUGGCAACUAUGUAUCAAACGUUAUAUUACUUACAAAGUAAAAAUUUAACUUGCUAUGCUGAGUUCUAAAAGAAUAGCAUUUCAUACUUUUUUAAAAUAUAUGUACAGAGAACUUUAGUUUUGGAUAACAAACAUACUAACAGCUUAUCUGUAAAUAUUGUUUAACUUAUGCAGAUCAUGUAUAAAAGUGUCAAUCAUUCUUUCUGUAAAAUAUGUAGAUUGUCACUAAUCUUGUACUUGUUCAAUAUAUAUAAAGAAAUACUGAGUGAAUUGGUAGCAUUUUAAACUUGUCUGUUUUUCUUUUAGUUUUCUGUAGAUUGUUGAUA